AUGGCGAUGAAAAUCAAGCAAGAAAUUAUUGAGGAAGAGGUAGCAGAAGUUCCUAGAGUGAGCGUGAAACAGGAAGUCGUUGAAGAUGGGGGGUUCUGGAUGGCGCAUGGUGAAGGAGCCACUGUUCCGAAUCAUGUGGAGCACAAUAAUUGGAAUCAGAAUCUCACGCAGCACACACCAACCAACUUGCUGAUCCCAAAAAAAGAGUCGUCGUGUCCGAACCUGAUUGCCGUUCUCUCUGGGAAGGCUCCCAGAGAGCCAAGGACAAAAACGUCGCCCGUUUUCAAGUCGCCGAAGCCGUACACCAGGAAACAGCCGAAAAAUAAGAGUGAAACCAGAAUCUCCGAGGAACAGACCAUGAUCCACAUUCGGAACGUUUACGAAAUGGAAUUUCACAACUUCAUGUUCUAUGCUUAUAGAAGUUUUUAUGGCUACCAACAACACAUUCCAUUCCCACUUCCACCGAAUGUGCACCCUUCAUGGCUCUGA